AUGUGGGCCUCCCUGUGUCUGGUUAGUGUUGCUUUCSCCAUUCUGUGGGCCCAGACGUUGAUCAGCUGCUCCUACAAGAGUCUGUGCCAGCGGGCACUGCUCUCGGGCAACGAUAUUGUCCUGCAUUGUGACCAUAAGGAGGCACUCUGGUAUUUUUCUUCCAUUCUUGGGGAGAAUAUCUUCUUGCUUAACUCAUGGCCUAAUAUAAAGAAACUGCCUGGGGGCAGCCUGCAAUUGACCAAGCCUCAGCCCUUGCAGGCAGGCCUCUUUCGCUGUGAGGACAGUGCCAACRCCCUCCUAGUAGAAUAUGAGAUUGAUUUCCAGGAUGCCACCACCCUGCAUAUCACACACAAAGACCUGGGCCAAAAGCCCCUGCAGAAUGAAACUCUGAACCUAGGUGGCCAGGUACUUAUUUUCACCCACUGGGAGCCCUGGCAGGACUGUAACCGCUGUGGGGAGCCAGGCGAACGCAAGCGCCUGGGGUACUGCUAUGUUGAGGAGCCCCCGGAAAAACCCAUGCCCUGCUGGCUCUACCUGAGGGACGAGAAGGUGCAAUACCGYCGCUUGCGGCCCGAGAUGCAGGUGGAAAGAUGCCUUGUUCCCUGUGACCCCGGCAAGGAAAUCGAACAGCCAUUCUUCAUCUAUGACAUUUACCAGCUGGGCGAGUUGACCAACCACCUGUGGCUCACCUGCCCUUUGGCUUCCAUCUACAGGUGA